GUAUUGAUGGAAAGAGCCUACUGAAAGAAUCUAAAUUUCAAUUUACAGAAAUCUUCACGAUUAAUACAUGCCUCUAAGAUGGUCAGCCACUGUUGCAACGUUAUUUGCUGUAUGUGAUACUGUAUAACGAAGUAAAGAAGUGGGCGGAACGGCUAAUUUCUAUUCUUAAAUUUCUUCACUCGUAUAAAAUGUAACUGGCAACAUGCUCCAAAUCAUCUCGCAGUAAGCGAUCCGGCAGCAGUCGAUCAAUCGGUGAUAAAAUUCAUGUUUCUUAUAAUUUUUUGAAUUUUAUUUAUUUUAUAUCAUUAUCAUGAAGUAUAUUCUGGUAACUGGAGGUGUCAUUAGUGGAAUUGGUAAAGGAGUGAUAGCAAGUAGUAUUGGGACUAUUUUAAAAGCAUGUGGAUUGAGAGUGACAUCAAUCAAAAUUGAUCCUUACAUUAAUAUUGAUGCAGGAACUUUCUCUCCUUAUGAGCAUGGUGAAGUAUUUGUACUUGAUGAUGGUGGAGAAGUUGAUUUAGAUCUUGGGAAUUAUGAAAGAUUUUUGGAUAUUACCUUACAUACAGAUAAUAACAUUACUACAGGAAAAAUUUAUCAGCAUGUUAUUAAUAAAGAAAGAAGAGGUGAUUAUUUAGGGAAAACAGUUCAGGUGGUGCCACAUAUUACAGAUGCUAUACAAGAAUGGGUGGAACGAGUUGCUCAAGUUUCAGUAACAAAAGAUGGUGAUAUUCCUGAAGUUUGUAUCAUUGAAUUAGGUGGCACUAUAGGUGAUAUUGAAGGUAUGCCUUUUGUAGAAGCUUUUAGACAAUUUCAGUUCCGAGUCAAAAGAGAAAAUUUUUGCUGUGUUCAUGUCAGUUUAGUUCCACAGCCCAAAACAACUGGAGAACAUAAAACAAAGCCAACACAAGCAAGUGUUAGAGAAUUGAGAGGUUUAGGAUUAUCACCAGAUCUUAUAGUUUGUCGAAGUGGCCAGCCUGUUACGGAAGGUGUAAAGGAAAAGAUAUCAAAUUUUUGUCAUGUUGGUCCUGAUCAAGUAAUUUGCAUUCCAGAUGUUCCUUCUUUAUAUCAUGUUCCAUUAUUCAUGGAAGAUCAAGGCUUGGUAUCAUUUUUUGUUGAAAGAUUACACUUACCUGUUCCAAUUCCCUAUCCAAGACGUUUAAUGAAUAAGUGGCAAGAACUAGCAGAAAGGUCUGAUCAUCUGACUAAAAUAGUCUCUAUUGCCUUAGUGGGAAAAUAUACCCAAUUGAAAGACUCUUAUGCUUCAGUGAUCAAAGCUUUACAGCAUGCUUCUCUUGCCUGCAAUUAUAAAUGUAUAUUAAAGUAUGUAGAGGCUGAAGAUUUGGAAGAUUCAAUGAAACAAAAGAAUCCUGUUCGUUAUCAUGAAGCUUGGCAACAAUUGUGUGUUUCAGAUUAUUUAGGAGUGUGCUUGGGACUUCAAUGUGCUGUAAUUGAAUUUGCCCGAAAUGUUCUAGACUGGAAAGAAGCUAAUUCUACAGAAUCUGAUAGUGAAACAGUUAAACCUGUGGUAAUAGAUAUGCCAGAACAUAACCCUGGAAAAAUGGGUGGCACUAUGAGAUUGGGUAAACGACAAACUUUAUUUAAAAAUAAAGAUUGUAUUUUAAGAAAACUUUAUGGUAAUCAAGAUUAUAUAGAAGAACGUCAUCGACAUCGUUAUGAAGUAAAUCCAAAUUUUGUUGCUGAUUUUGAAAAUGCUGGUAUGUUGUUUGUGGGACAGGAUAUCAGUGGCCAAAGAAUGGAAAUUAUGGAAUUACAAGGUCAUCAAUAUUUUGUCGGUGUUCAGUAUCAUCCAGAAUAUGUUUCACGUCCUCUGAAACCAUCUCCUCCAUAUUUGGGACUUAUUUUGGCUUCAUGUGGUAAGCUGAAUUCUUAUCUAUCUCGUGAUUUUCGACUCUCACCACGAUAUGGCAGUGAAGUGGAAAGUUCAGAUGAUGAAAUUGCAGUUGUGUUGACACCAUGUGACAUGGGUGAUUCUCAAAGUAGUGUUACGAUUUUAAGCCCAAAUACAGAUGGAGGAUCUUCAUAAAUUUUAUUUUGUGACUUAUUAAAGUUCUGAGGAAUAUUUACUUUUUUAUUUGUUAGUCAUAAUUUAAAAAGAAAAGACUGGUU